UCUUCUCCUUCUUGUAGCUUUGUAUACCAUGAGGCGUGUUCUUGCAUCAAAUCCCAAUCCCACCUUUAUCUCAUUCGCAACUCUUGCUUUGUUGUUUCAGUUUCUCUUUAUAUCGAAAGCUGAGGAUCCUUCCAUCUACUCCUGUUACAAUUCCGCCAAUUAUACUACCAACAGCCCAUUCAAAACUAAUCUCAACCACACCUUCUCUUCCCUAUACAACAAUACUCCCUUAACCCUUUUCAAUACCACCGUAUACGGCGAAGAUCCCAACCGAGUUUAUGGUUUGGUCCAGUGCAGAGGAGAUGCCACCCAAGAUGAAUGUCGGAACUGUGUGAAUAAUUCGACUAUUGAGAUCGUUCGACGUUGUCCUUUUGGAAAGGAAGGAAUGAUACGCUAUUGGGCUUGUGUCUUACGCUACGCUGACUGGGACUUCUUCGGCCAAAUCGACAAUCAAAGCCCUAUAAUCUAUGCCUACCCGGUGGACAACGUGACAGAUGUGACUCUGUUUAACGAGAGAGUUGCAGGUCUAAUGCAUAACUUGUCGAUUGCGGCUGCUGGUAGCCCUUCCAAGUUUGCGACUGGACAGACCAGUUCUGUGAAUAGCUUUAGUUCUGUAUAUGGUAUGUUGCAGUGCACAAGCGACUUGUCGGACAGUAACUGUUAUUCCUGCCUCCAAAGCAUAAUUACAGACAUUCCAACUUGUUGUAAUUGGAGAUCGGGAGGGAAUGUUUAUACUUCCAGUUGCUUCUUAAGGUACGAUUCUUAUCUCUUCUUUGACAUGUUUCCUCCGCCACCUCCGUCCCCAACGCAGGCUUCUCUUUCACCAACCCCACUGACUGUUGAUGGUGGAGGCACCAACACCACCGCUACCACCAAUACAACACAAGGUAAAGGAGAUGGUACUCUUUCGCAGGCUUCUCUUUCACCAACCCCACUGACUGUUGAUGGUGGAGGCACCAACACCACCGCUACCACCAAUACAACACAAGGGAAAAGGAAAAGUUCAUCAAAUAUUGUUAUUAUUGCUGUGGUCCUGCCAAUAACAGGAGUUCUACUUGUUUCUGGCAUAUGUUUGAAUGAGAUUAGCACGGUGGAAUCAUUACAAUUCGACUUUGAUACAAUAAAAGCUGCCACAGCCAAUUUCUCUGAUUUCAAUAUGCUUGGACAAGGUGGAUUCGGUCCCGUUUACAAGACCACACUUGUGCUAGUAUCCUCUAAUACAAAUAGUAUACAGGGUAAGCUUUUAAAUGGACAAGAAAUUGCUGUGAAGAGGCUUUCUAGAAAUUCUGGACAAGGUGAACUAGAAUUUAAGAAUGAGGUGGUGUUAGUGGCGAAGUUGCAGCACAGAAAUCUUGUGCGGCUCCUCGGCUACAGCUUACAAGGAGAAGAAAAGCUCCUGAUCUAUGAAUUCUUGCCAAAUACAAGCCUCGAUUACUUCAUCUUUGAUCCAAUCAAAUCCACACAAUUGAACUGGGAAAAGCGUUACAAAAUCAUCAUCGGGGUUGCUCGAGGGCUUCUCUAUCUUCAUGAAGAUUCUCAACUUAGGAUUAUACAUCGAGAUCUCAAAGCCAGCAAUGUUUUGUUGGAUGAGGAUUGGAACCCAAAAAUUUCAGAUUUUGGUAUGGCAAGGCUUUUUGAGUUCGACCAAACUCAAAAUACCAAUAGGAUUGUUGGAACAUAUGGAUAUAUGGCUCCAGAGUAUGCAUUGCAUGGGUUCUUCUCAGUUAAGUCAGAUGUCUUUAGUUUUGGUGUCUUACUUUUGGAAAUUGUGAGUGGGCGGAAGAACAACAGUUUUUAUCAAGUGGAGCACACUGAGGAUCUUCUUAGCUAUGCAUGGAGACAUUGGAGGGAAAACACGGCCUUGGAGUUGAUAGAUACAACUUUGAGGAGAAAUUGUUCAAUAAGUGAAGUAAUGCGUUGCAUUCACAUUGGACUGCUAUGUGUUCAAGGGGAUGUUGCUGACAGACCCACCAUGGGAUCAGUUAAUCUCAUGUUCAGUAGCUCAUCCGUCACUCUCCCAAUACCAUCGUCACCUUCCUUUUCCGUUUAUAACAGAAACGAGACAGAGAUAUCUUCCUCAGAGAAUGAUUCGCGGGAAACACAACUGCGUCCAUCCACAACUAAGUCAACACCAAGGUCUAUAGAUAGUGUAUCUAUUACCGAGCUUUACCCUACCCUCGGUGAGAUACAAAGGAAGAGUAGUACACGACUGUUUUUACAGUAG